GAUAAUAUCGUAUGCUCGAAGAGAGAUGCUGACAGUAACUUAAUUAAAACUACAACCAAGUAAAAUUACAAACAUGACAAAAAUAUGGAAUUUAUUAUUUGUACUAAAUUGUGUAAAAGUUAUCAGUCAAGAAUUAACGAUUUAUUGUGGAGAUGCAUAUUAUUCACGACAAUUAUUAUAUCAUUUAAAGCGUCCACUUCUUUGUAUCAGCGAUAACUCACAAGAUGCAAUGAUUUGGAAUACUAAUCUCCAGUGGAACUAUCCUGAUGAAGCUUACAGCGAUAGGCAUCAUUUAUCAGAAUCAUACCUUUCGAAUGAUCCCAAACACUAUUCUGACUAUUGUUAUCUUAACAUUGACUCUUUGGAAUGUUUACACGCAUGGACACAACAUAAUUCGAAUUGGAGUCAAAUUUCUUCAUUUAUUAAACCUAUGGGGCCAGUUUUCGAUACGAGAUGGGAACAUUUCCCCGAGUACCAAAUAUUUGAUACUUCUAGUACAAUUUAUCAUCCUGUCAAAACUUUUAUAAAUGGUGUAUAUUCAAAUUUAGUACUAAAUGAAACUGGUAGUGUAACCGUUAGUAUUCGCGGAAUAUCUAAUGCACAUCUAGCAAUUUGUAAAGGUGAUAACUUUUACAAUGAUUUUUGUUAUUGGCUCAUUAUUGGUGGCUGGAACAACAAUAAAACAGCAAUUAGAAAAUGUCCGCAAGGUCUACCACUUGGUAUACCGGAUUCUAAAUCUGAGUGUUAUAGUUUAAAAGCAUUUAUCGACCAGCAUUUUCCACUAUCGAUUAGUGAAUGGAAGACAUUUGUCAUUGCUUGGGAAGCUGAAAGCCAAACUAUUUCAUUAUAUGAUCCAAAUAAAAAAGUUCUGUCUUAUACUGAUGAUAACUAUGAAUCUUCACAGAAAAAUAUCAAGUAUCAUGUUUUUUACCGUAGUCCUAACAGUCAUAAUUCAUUACUAUUUCGAUUUCAUGAAUAUAAUUACACCCUAACAACUCAACCUGAAGCUAAAUUAACUAGUCCUACGUUGAUGAUUAAUGACUCACGAGACUUUUGUAUCAAUAUGUUGAUCGGAUUAUGUCGAGAGUGUGAGUUACAAAUCAGUUUAUUGGAUAAGAGCAGUAAUCAAUGUUCUAAAAAAAAGUUUUCUGGUUCGGUUUCUUAUCGUGUUGAUCACUCUCUUCCAAUGUGGCAAUAUGGACAAUUGACUGCUUCAAAUAUCAGUCAAUGCCAAGCUCCUUUAAGACUGGAGAUAUCAUCAUUUUUGAAAACUAAUACAGAAAAAAAAAAUUAUCAUUGGGCUAUCAGCAAUCUUCGAGAAUGUUUACCAGAAAAAACGAUUAAAAAAGUAUCCAUGAUAGCAAGUCAAGACUAUACAGAUCAUUAUUAUUGGCCUGAAGUAACGUGUCAAAGAUUAUCUUAUAAUCCAGAGCAUUCCAAAAUCAUUAGUUCAACUCAAAAAGUUUCUGUUGCGCCCAGUGAUAUAACUCUGUGUCAAAGAUUUUUUAUUGGACCAUAUUGUGAAACUAGUUGUAUUUCAGUUUUUGGUAAUAAUUGCGAACAUGUAACAGUAUGCAAUGAAAAUGGAUGUUUUUGUUCACAAGGAUACAUGAAUUCAGAUUGUACAAAAGUGUGUCCUAAUCAGUUUUAUGGAUAUGGGUGUACAAAACGAUGCAAUAACUGUUUAAAGGACCUCUGUGAUGCUUAUUCAGGAUAUUGUUUCAAUGGGUGUAAACAGAGGGUGGAUCAUUUUUAUCUUCCACCAAAUUGCGACAUAGAUAUUGGACCUCCACAAGCAUCGGAUUUUAAUCAGAAUAAUGAGACAAGUAUUCGAGUAUCUUUUAAAGAAAUUGAUGAUUAUAAAAAUAUUAAUGCUACUUUUAUUUUUGAAUUAGCGUUAAAAAGUGAAAUUGUUGGCAUAAAAACUGCUCAAGAAAUUCUUUCCGAAAGCAAUAACAUAUCUUCUAAAACUUAUUUUGAAAAUUUUAAUCGUUUAACUCCUGGAACUCGAUAUGCUGUGCGAAUAUUGUUAAACAUACGAUUCAAAGAAACAUAUAAAAAAAUUAUUGGAAAUUGGCGAAAUUUCACUACUGCGUGUAAAGUGAAUAAAAAGUUCGUAACUAGGUGCUAUGAAAGACAUGUAUUACUUGAUGUGUUAAUGCUUGAAACGAUAGACUAUCCCUGUCCCGAUAAUUGGUACUCUGCAGAACUUUCAGUCAUUUCUUCAACUAAGAACGAAUUUAGAAUAAUAGAAAAAUAUAAUAUGGUUUCCAAAUUUCCAUUGUUAUUUUCAAAUUUACGUCCAUUUACAAAAUAUAAAAUUUCUAUUACUGGGAAUGAUGGAAUAUAUUAUUAUGAUCAAGUAUUAUCAACUUUAGAAGCAGAACCAUCUCAAGUCAUUGGAUUAAAGUAUAUUUUAUACAAUAAUAAUGAUAUUAUUAUUGAAUGGUACCCGCCAGAUAAUCCUAAUGGUAUUUUGCAAGGGUAUAAUUUAACGAUUCAGAUUAUUCGUUAUGAAGGUUGUUCAAAAUCUAAUGCUAUUCCAAACAACUUAAUGACUUCUGAAACUUAUUUGAUCCCUAAUCUAAAUGAUACUGUCUCAAAAAAAAUUAAUAACUUAUUUCCUUAUGUCACUUAUGAAAUUAUAGUUAUAGCAUUUAAUUCGAAAUUAGGAUCCGAAAGCAAAAUAACUUUCCAAACUAAUGAAGCAGAGAUACCUACGGGUACAUUCAGAAAUAUUAGUUUUGCAAAACGUAAAAUUACCUGGAAUGAUCCAGUUGAUUGUUGGGCACUCAAUGGGCCAAUCGGUGGAGCACGAUUAUUUUUUUCAGGUGUAAGUGAAAAUGUCCAAAAUUUCAGUGAUGAAUAUGAUACACCAUACCAUUCUUUUGAACUCGAAUCAUCAAGGAAACAAAAUCUUUUUGGAGCUGAAAAGUAUUAUGUUCGAGUUCAUUUACUUCAUCAUCUGCACGGGAGUCAUAAUGAAACUGCCUAUAUUGAUUUACCCUUUACUACUGAUCCAAAACCACCUCCAAAAGUUAACAAAUUAGAAAUUGUUGAAGUUGAUCCUCAAAAUAAAACAACUACAUUACGAUGGGAGAAACCGUCACCACCUAUUAAUGGGGAAAUAAUUAAAUAUUCUAUCAAAUUUAGCAACGACAAUUCAAAAACUACAAUUGUUUUUUCUAACAGUGAAUGUGAUUUAUGGAAAAAUUUGUUGUGCGCAACUGUAAAGCAUCCUAACGGAAGAUCAAAGUUUAUUGAAGUGCGGGGUUAUAACAGAGGAGUCAAAGAGCCCGGAGAAGCAAGAAGAGUGAAUGAUUUACGAUCUGUAACAGAACCAAGUACUCCAAAAAUUCUUAAUAUUGAAGAAUUCGAUAAAGGAAGAGUACUUAUAAGAUGGCAGCAUCCGUUUACAACUGGAGGACCUAUGAAAAAAUUUAUAAUUCAAUGUGAAAUAAUAUCAACUCAAUUAGAAAAAAGACCGAGUCUGAAUGACUCUGGUUCAAUUCAGUUUCCGAUUUCUACUUAUAAAACAGAUUAUAAUACUCAACUGAAUCUUUUACCAUCUACACGCUACAGGAUAUUAAUUCAGGGAGUAAAUUCACUACGAGGUGCUAUAUCAAGUGCGGAAAUUGAGACAGCUUCUUCGUUAGCUUUCGAAUACAAUCCACAAACAAUAAUAGACAAUGAAGAAUCUCAAAUUAAAGUUAUCAUACCCCCUAUUGUAAAUAAUACUAAAGGAAGUUUACUCCAUAUUAUUGUUAAAGGGCCCUCAAUUUGCAAACUAGGUACAAUGUUAAGUUCGUCCUUAGAACAAGAUGUUGGAGUUGAAUAUCAUGAAGUGGCGUGGCGUGCCGCUACUUUUUUGGCUAACGAAUUAUCUAACUCUUCGUUUAUCAUUGGAAAUAAUGAAGUUCGUGAUAAUGUUGUAAAUUGUCCACUUCAAAUUGGAGCAUCAUAUGUAGCAGUUUUAGUAGUUCAUGAAAAAGAACGAAAUAUUUCUAAAAAAGCCACAACUAUCGUUUGGAAAUCAGAGCCUCUUCAAAUAGGCCCAGUACCAAAUAAAUCUCAUGAAACUUGGGCUAUACCAUUAGUGAUAGUUUUUAUAAUUACUGGAGGUGUAAUUUAUUAUUACAUUAAAAAAAGAAAUGUAACAUGCUUAGAAAAAAAGGAUGACAGUAUCAAUACAGAAGUUCUUGUACCACUCCCGAAGAUUCUUCCUAAGGAGCAAAACGGUCAAGAAAAUGUUGUUAAAUCAAAACUGUUGCAUCCAAAAGAAGAACAAAGAGAAUCACUCUUAUUAACACCUGCUAACUCAAUCGAACAAUUAAAAACUACUACUACGAAUGAAACAAUAUACGAAAAUUUAAAAAGUGUUUCACUGCUUAAGCUUAAUGAAUUUCAAGAUUAUGUUAAAAAAGCAAUUGCAUCUGGAAAAUUAGAUGAACAGUAUGCUAUGUUUCCACGCGGUCAAACAAAGUCAUGGGAAUACGGUAAAUUACCUCGAAAUAAAACAAAAAACAGAUAUACUAACUUAAUAGCAUACGACGAAACUCGUGUGAUACUUGAAAAAUUUCUGGAUGAUCCAUUUUCUGAUUACAUCAAUGCUAAUUAUAUACGGGGCUACAAAAAAAAUAAAGCUUACAUUGCAACCCAAGGACCAAAACCGAAUACACUGAUUGAUUUUUGGCGUAUGAUUUGGCAUGACCGGGUUCAAGUGAUUUGUAUGUUAGCUAAUAUUAUUGAGGGCGGCAAAACCAAAUGUGAACAAUACUGGCCAGAAAUUGGUCAAGAAGUGAAAUUCGGUAAAAUAUCUGUGACAAAUAUUAGUCAUACAGAUUUUGCUGAUUACACGAUUCGAAUUUUUCAUGUAAAGUGUGAACAGGAGACUCGUAAGAUUGAUCAUUUCCAUUACACAGCAUGGCCUGAUCAUGGAAUACCAUUAUAUACUCAAUCUGUCGUUACUUACUUGAAAAAAUUACUUGCAACUCCAGCAGGCAUUGGUCCAGUAUUAGUCCACUGUAGUGCUGGAGUGGGAAGAACCGGAACAAUUAUAUUAUGUGAUAUAUGUCUUCGCCGCGCUGCUGCUGAGGGUGUGGUGGAUGUUUUUGGAGAAACAGAAUUAAUUCGAAGUCAAAGAGCAAAUAUGGUCGAUAAUAAACAACAAUAUCUUUUAGCUCACAUAGUAUUAGUUGAAUGCCUGCUAACGUUGCCAACAGCAAUUACUUGUAAUGAUUCACUCUCGACUAGAAUUCAAGAAUACAAAAGCCAGCUUCAAUUGCAACAACAAAGGUUAGAGGAGUCCUCCUGGCAAUAUGAAGCCCUUCAACAACCCUCAUCAUCAUUCGUUAAAUUAUCGGAGAAAAAUCUUUUAAAAAAUCGAUUUCCUGACUUAGCACCACUUUCAAAAUUCUACAUUGCAAGAUAUCCAAUUACUGAAGACGAUAGUAAUUAUAUUUCAGGAGUGUAUGUUGACAGUGCACGACGUCGUAAUAAUUACAUUGCUUCACAAAUUCCAUUACCCACAACUGUGGGUGAUUUUUGGCGAAUGAUUGCUGAAUUUAAAAUUGAACUUAUCAUAAUGUUACAAUCAAUUGACCCGACUGAUCCUACUUGCUGUGAAUUUUUCCCUCAACCUGAUGAAGAGUUGAAACCAGUACCAUUCAUAACUUUAAAAGGACGAAAUAUUGUAGAUACUGAUAUUUAUAGCCAACAAAAAAUAGUUUUAACCGAUUGUUCAGAUAAAACAGUUCGAGAACAAAUAACUACCAUUUUAAUUUGUAAAGAAUGGAAAACUGGAGAAAGUAAACCACCAAAACCUUCUGUUUUAGUAGAAUUAUGGCAAACUGCAGAAAGAAUUUCAAGAAAUAAUGAACCUACCGUGGUUAUUUGCUAUGAUGGCUUGACAGGUUGUGGCUUGUAUCUGGCCAUGAGUUUUCUUCUUGAAAGAAUGGGCUUAGAACACGAGUGUGAUGUUUGCUUAUCAAUAUCUGCUAUACGAAGAUCACGGAAAGAUUUCUGUAAAACAUUGGACCAAUUCGAAUAUUUAUAUGAUGCAGCGCUGAUUUAUGCUGAUUAUUUUGAAUCAUAUGCUAAUUUCUAUUAAAAUGUCAAGAAUU